GGGGAUCCUGAUCCAUUUCCUUUUUCUCUAGUCGCUAUCUUGGAAUCGGCGACUUUUGAAUCUUAGUGGAGUGAUCGUUAUCUUCCUCGACGUUGAUUCUUCUUCUGGGAGUUUCAAUCAAUAUCAUCAUCUCCUGUCUUGGCUCAAGAUCCGAGCCAAGCAGAGUAACACAUCUCUCUCCUCUUUCACUGUUUUGGAAUCGCUUCGUGCAAAUCACAUAUGGAAUCAGGUGAGGGAGGUAUGUUAACGGAUGGACAGUGGAAGAAACUUGAAAUAGCAACUCAGAGGAACGCUGAGAAUUUGGCGGCGGUGUCGUCGUCGCCAAAGUCUCAGCCUUUAUUUGCUGAUUUGAAUAUUAAGUCUCCCACUGGUGGGAAAGGACCGGUUGCUGGGUUUCCUUUUAGGCAUGUGCGAAGGACUCAUUCUGGGAAACAUAUCCGUGUUAAGAAAGAUGGUGCUGGUGGGAAAGGAACUUGGGGAAAGCUUCUUGACACUGAUGUUGACUCCUUUCUCGAUAAAAACGAUCCCAAUUACGAUAGUGGAGAGGGAGCAUAUGAUGAACUUGUUGAUUCACCUGUAUCAGACCCUUUGGAUGAUUACAAAAAGGCUGUAGUUUCCAUUAUUGAAGAGUACUUCACCACCGGUGAUGUGAAAGUUGCAGCCUCUGAUCUUAGGGAGCUUGGUUCUAGUGAAUAUCAUCCUUACUUCACCAAGAGACUUGUCUCUAUGGCUAUGGACAGGCACGAUAAGGAGAAGGAAAUGGCUUCUGUGUUACUCUCUGCGUUGUAUGCUGAUGUUAUUUUACCUGAUCAGAUUAGGGAUGGGUUUAUAAGACUUCUUAGAUCUGUUGAUGACCUUGCGGUGGACAUACCUGAUGCUGUUAAUGUUCUUGCGUUGUUUAUCGCUAGGGCUAUUGUUGAUGAGAUUCUCCCUCCGGUUUUUCUAGCUAGAUCUAAGAAGAACCUUCCAGAGUCUUCAAAAGGUUACCAGGUUGUUGUGACUGCGGAGAAGAGCUACCUCUCGGCUCCUCACCACGCGGAGCUAGUGGAGAGGAAAUGGGGAGGUAGCACUCACACUACAGUUGAAGAAACCAAGAAGAAGAUAAGUGAAAUCUUGAAGGAAUACGUAGAAAACGGAGAUGUUAACGAAGCGUGUAGAUGCAUCAGAGAGUUAGGUGUCACGUUUUUCCAUCACGAGGUGGUGAAGAGAGCUUUGGUUCUUGCUAUGGAGUCUCAGACAUCUGAGCCACUCGUAUUAAAGCUGUUGAAAGAAGCUGCUGAGGAAGGUCUGAUCAGUUCUAGUCAAAUGGUGAAAGGAUUCAAUAGAGUUGCUGAGUCUCUUGAUGAUCUUGCUCUAGAUAUCCCAUCUGCUAAGAAGCUGUUUGAUUCUAUAGUUCCAAAGGCUAUCUCUGGAGGCUGGCUUGAUGAUUCCUUUAAGGUAAAUGGAGGGGAAUCAAGUCAAGAAGAGAAGCUAAGACAGUACAAGAAAGAUACAGUGAAUAUAAUUCAAGAAUAUUUCUUAUCAGAUGACAUUCCUGAGCUAAUCCGAAGUCUUGAAGAUCUAGCAACACCUGAACACAACCCUGUGUUUCUAAAGAAGCUUAUAACUCUUGCUCUAGACAAGAAGAACAGAGAAAAAGAAAUGGCUUCAGUGCUUCUCUCUUCUCUUCACGUGGAGUUAUUCUCAACAGAAGAUUUCAUAAACGGUUUCAUCAUGCUUCUUGAAUCAGCAGAAGACACAGCUUUAGACAUCAUGGACGCAUCUAACGAACUCGCUCUGUUUCUUGCUAGAGCUGUAAUCGAUGACGUCUUAGCUCCACUUAACCUGGAGGAUAUCUCAGCCAAGCUACCUCCAAACUCAACAGGAACCGAAACAGUCCGCUCAGCACGGUCUCUCAUCUCAGCCAGACACGCAGGGGAGAGACUGCUGAGAAGCUGGGGAGGUGGGAGCGGGUGGAUAGUGGAAGAUGCAAAGGACAAGAUCUUGAAGCUUUUGGAGGAAUAUGAAACUGGUGGAGUAACAUCUGAAGCUUGUCAAUGUAUCCGUGAUCUAGGGAUGCCGUUUUUUAACCAUGAGGUGGUGAAGAAAGCUUUGGUGAUGGCAAUGGAGAAGAAGAAUGAUGGGUUGUUGAAUCUGCUUGAGGAAUGUUUUGGUGAAGGGUUGAUUACAAUGAACCAAAUGACAAAAGGGUUUGGUCGUGUUAAAGACAGCCUUGAUGAUUUGUCUCUUGAUAUACCGAAUGCUAAAGAGAAGUUUGAGUUGUAUGUUGGUAAGGCCAUGGACAAUGGCUGGAUCCUUCCUGAGUUUGGAAUCAGUGAUGAGUGAGUGAUAAUGACUGAUUCUAUAUCAGCUUACUAUACUUUCUUUAUAUAUCAUGGUAACUAUAUAUAUAUUAUGUUUUUAUGUAUGAAAUUGUUUGGUAGAUAAAAAUAAGAUGUUCAUAGUUUUCAUUUGUUUGUUUCUUGUAUUGUGUUGUCUUUGUAUUGAUAUACCUUUUUUUAUUAGUGUGUUCUAAUUUCUAAUGGAUUUUAUUACAUUGUAAAAGUCGCACUCUCGUUGGUCUUUGUUGG